AUGCUCGUCUCGUUAACCGUUGGCAAGGUCGAUGCCGGCGUGACGGUUCUCCUCACGCCGGACAAGCGCCUGAUUGAAUUCCCCUCCAUCCUCCUCCCACCCAACAUCUCCUCUGGCAGCAUCGUCGACAUCGCCGUCUCCCGCAACACAGCCUCCGAGCGCGCCGCCGACCUCGCCUUCCAAUCCCUCCAAGACCACAUCCUCUCGUCGUUCGGCGCCGCCGAACCGUCGCCACCUCAACUCCGCUGCCUCAACGCCACGCAGACGAGCGUCGUGCUCGAGUGGGACCCCAUCGAGCUCUCGACCGCGGACCUCAUAUCGCUCGCGCUGUACCGUAAUGGCCAGAAGGCCGGGAAUAUCCCGCGCCCGCGCGAUAUGCAUAGUACCAAGAUCUCGGGUCUCGCUGUCGAUACGGAGUAUACGUUCCAUCUCGUCCUGCGCACGACGGCGGGCACGUAUAGCUCGGACAGGGUGACGGUGCGCACGCACAAGAUGACGGAUCUUAGCGGUAUUACCAUCACGACAGGUAUCUUGCCUGCUGCCGUGCGGGAGAACCUCGUCGAGGCCGUUGAGAGGAUCGGUGCCAAGAUGACGGAUACUGUGCGUAUUGAUACUACUCACUUCGUCACUACCGAGGGACGGGGCAUCGCGUGGGAGAAGGCCGUGGAGACGAAUAUCCCUGUCGUAAGACCGGAAUGGGUUACCGCCUGCGAGCAGAACGGUCGUAUUUUAGGCGUGACAAAGUUUUACCUCGACGCCAUGCGUCCUGGUCCCAUCGAGACUACCACGUCGGUGCAGUCUCCGAGGACCGCGCAUAAGGACCUACCGCCCGUACCUCAUCCUUCAGAGCAAAAAGAAGCCGAGGCGAAGAAUGCCGCCGCGCGAGGGAAGAAUGCGACGGUCGAGUCGGAGUCGGAUAACAGUUCCGAGGAGGAUACCGCCGAGGAGCCCAAGGCCAUUUCUCACGCGGCCGAGCAGAAGAUGAGGGUAGAGGAGAAGGAUACUCAGAAGGUUGCCCUGCGACCUGCGGUGUCGAGCCCAUCGGCCGAGGGCGACUCGAGCGAAGGAGAUGAGGAUGGGGAGACGAAUGGUAAUGGCUCGGCGCAGACAAAGCCAGCCGUUUCCCCCGAUGGGUCUUCCUUCCAGGAGGUUGAGCUAUAA